UGAGAGCUCCGACGGAGACGUUUUCACAGGCUUUAACGUUAAUGUAUUUUUCCCACCUGUGGCCUCUGCCGGAGUUUCCAUCUUGGAAUCGCGGAUCCUUCACAGACUGCUUAUCGGGACUUCCAGAAAAUCAAAGAAUGAGUAAUGGACUCCAUUGAGAAGGCAAUACAGGCCGUGCUACCACAGCUAGAUGAAGCAAAGCUUGAAACUUUAGUCAAUGAGUUGGUGAAAGUAGGUGUUGAAGGACCAGAUGAUCUGCAGUUUAUUCAAGAAGAUGACAUCAAACAUCUGCUCACACCCAUUCAGUGCAGAAAAAUUAUUCAUUCCUUGAAAGUGUGUAAUGCAGGUCCUUCAAAUCCUCAGCUGAGCCCUUCAUCGUCUGAGCCACUGUCAGUUGCCUAUUCCAGCACAUGCCCCAUAUCAUCUAUAAGUCCCAUCUCUGCAUGGGUGAACAGUUUUGAGGUGCCAUGGAACAAAGUGAGGCUGACUCUUAGAAGAGCAGUAGAUGCUGGUGAGAGGCCAGCUCCGGAUGACCGCAGACACUUGAUAAAAGUCACUGUUGAUGCGAUGAGAGAGCGUUCCUUGAACCCUACUCGCAGAGAGUGUGUGGUAGUGGCUAAAGCUAUAACUCAAAAAUAUCCAAAUAGCUUUUUAGACAAAAAUGAAGAGGGGGAGCUAAUUGGAUGUGGGUAUUUCAGCAUUAUAAAUCAGCUCAAAACCAGAGUAGAAUAUUUGAAUCGAGGCAACUCUCUUUCCCGUCUGAGGAAGCACAAACGCACCCAGAGAGAUGAUGAGGAUGGUGAUGAUGACCAGCCAGCAGUAGCUACAUGUGCAAGAAUCGACAGUUAUGGGUGUGUUCGUUGGCAGCCAGCGGACUAUCCAGAUGGGGAAACAUCAGCAUCAUUAGAGGAAAAGAAGCUUGAGAUGAUUGAUAUAUUCAGCCGAGAGGGAAUAAAGGGCGCUGAGAGAGGAAGGGUAGAAGACCUAAUGGCAAUCACUUAUGCCAAACAGCGGGAAUACAUCAACGCAAAGCCUUCCCCAAGCAUUCUGGAUGUGGGUAAAGAGUGGCCAUUUCUCUUUUCACAGAAGUUUUUAUUGUCACACUUCACCACUCUCACCAAUGUUGAACUAUACACAAGACUGAAUGAAGAUAUGGACAAAAAGGGUAAAAGACUCCUGGAUUUCUUCAGUAGUCAGAUUACAAAGUGGAGGAAAGAAGUAAGAGCUGUUCUGAAGGAAGCCAUAAAGAAGGACCGAGAAGGAUCUGAUGGCCUAGCAGCGAUGCUUGUGAUGUUGGCACACUUCAAAGAGCAAGAGGAGUCAAUUUUUCUCAUUGCUGAUGAGACUACCACUCCCGCAGACGCAGAGGCCCAGCUGUCUCUCCCAGUCACUCCAAGGAUCAUCAUGCUCGUUAUUGCUGCUUAA